CACAUGUGAAAUAGAGGUCAGAAUUUGGACCAGACUGUCAGGAUGAAGCUUCAUGUGGAGUUGACAAUUGUUCUGUUUCUUUGGGCUGUUAUGGGCAGGUGUAUAACUGCUGAGACCAGGUUACGUUCGCCUGUGCAGCUCAGCCUUUUCUACGAGACUCUCUGCCCAGACUGCCGUAAUUUCAUGAACAACAAACUCUGUCCAACUUGGUUCAGACUGGAAGAAGCUAUGAAUGUCUUGCUGAUUCCAUUUGGCAAUGCCAAGGAGAUUCAAGAUGGCCAGAAUUGGCAGUUCCACUGUCAACAUGGAGAGGGCGAGUGCCAAGGGAACACCAUCCAGGCAUGCAUGAUUCAUUACCUUAAGAAUGCUACAAGUUAUAUGCCAGUAAUUUGUUGCAUGGAAUCUGCCUCUUCACCUCUCACUGGUGCCCAGAGUUGUUUACAAGUGCAUGCACCAACAGUGCUUUGGGAUACCAUUAUAAGCUGUGUGAACGGCAGUAAGGGAAAUGAAUUGAUGCAUCAAAAUGCUCAAAUGACAAAUGAACUGGAGCCAUCACAUAAUUAUGUCCCAUGGAUCUUGAUCAAUGGGGAACACUCAGAGGAGCUCCAGUAUCGUGCUGAGAAUGAUCUGUUCAGUCUGGUGUGCGACACAUACAUAGUUUGA